AUGAUGGAACCUGAGACGGAUUUGUCCUUUUCAGCCUGCAGCUUUCACGGGGGCUCGGCAGUGGAAACCCCAACGAAGCAGACCAAGUCGGAACCGCCCGACAUCAUUGACCAGGAGAGUAAACAGGAGAUGCGCGAGGUGUUUGUCAAGAAAUGGCAAAGAAAUGGGAAAGGGUGGCAAAACAGGUUUCUGAUUGGCAACUGUUUGCCCGAAGGCGUCAAGCCCCGGACUGCAGCAGCCCAACAACUUGCAAAGCAGCCUUGGGUCUUUGGUGCCAAAUCUGGUUGCGGGUGCCUUCCCUGCAGCAAAGCCAACACUGGAACCGAGUGGGGCUUAGCUCAGGCUGGUCUGGUGCCCAAAUUCCGGGCUUGCUUCUGGCAAAAGCACCAAGAGUCCAAGAGUCAUAUUGAUGCGGUCAAGAUGAUGCUUGGAAUUGGGGCCGAAUUUCCCGGCGCCCCACCACUGGAAGAAUUUGAGAGCCUCCUGAAGAAGCUGCAAUCUGGCUCGUCCAUGAGAAGUUGCGCGGACUUCAAAGGCCAAAGCUCAGACAAGGCUUCGCUGAUGGCAUGGUGCCUCCACGAGGAAAGAUACGACACCCGCUUCGGCAUUUUGGGAAUGGCACGCGCAACAAGGGAAGUGUUGCGACGCUUCUGCACCAAAUACAAUGAUCCUCCGAGGCAUUAUGCUGGUCCCAAGCCUGAAAUCAACGAAGGUCUUUUUGACAAAGUGAGGAAAAGGGUUGAAAUCGUUUUGACAGACGCGGCAGCCAACGAGUUGCUGGCCAGCAAUGUGACGAGGGGAGCAAGAGACCCAAACAUCGAAGGACCAGGUGCAGAGGUCCUACUUCCAUGCCUGAAGCUGGUUGCAAGAGAUCACGCUCAUGCAUUUCGCCGCGUGAUUCAAAGGCCUUGCAGAGCCACCGACCAUUUGUCCGCGCUGAUGGCAGAACAUGUCUUGGGCGCAAAUUCGCCAGUGAGAAUCAUAGAUGGUUCGUUCAUCUUCAGGCAAUGGUUUGAUGAUGAGGCCAAACACAGGUUCGAGUCCCACACCGCGCCACUGUGCCGACUCUUGAGCAACCUCCCCGCUGUGCUAGCCACCGUGCAACGGAUCUGCCAGGCCAGGAAGGAUCAAACAGGCUCAGCGCUGCAAACUUGGCUGGAGAAUCUAACAGCCCAAGAAUUGGUGCAGCUUGGCAUGCUUGCUGAUGUCAUGGAUGAAAGCCUGCUGCUCAUCAGGCAGGUUGACAAUGAGGAGUGCGACAGCGCUGAAAUUGGCAACUACGUGCAGAGUUUUGCUGAUCGGAUUCAAAUGCUGAUUGUGCAGAGGGCUAUCAUGACGACAACAGGUUACACGAAGCUUGUGAUGGACCUGCUUGCGGAGGGGAAGCUGAAGUUUUUCGCUUGUGGUGUUGCCCGCCGCUUGGGGCCGUGUCAGGCUGAGUCAAUCGAACAAUGCUUCAAGAACAUGGAGGUGUUCUCUUUGAAAAGGGUGUCCAAAGCAGACACCUUCUUCCAGAGCUCGGCUGACAGCAGUGUAGAGCGUUUGGCCAAGUUCUUUGAGGUGAGCUCGGGCGGCUUCCAGGAGCAGCUACACCGCCUUCGCCCCCUGGCAGAAAAGCGAUGCAGAGACAUCAAUGGUGGAACCCGAGAGGCUUGGACAGCGACCAUGAAAGCUAUAGCAGCUACUCAGUCGCGAAAUUCUUUGCAGGAGUCCUACCCAACAGCUGACAUUGCUCCGGUGAUGCAUCGCUAUCUUGCAUGGCAGGCAAGCACAAGUGGCGUGGAGCAGAACUUCGCUAGAGGUGAGCGCAAGAAUGCAUUUGGACAGACGCCUGCCAGUGAUGUUUUUGAAGAGCGGGCACUGAAACUGAUGCUUAGCGCAUGUCGCAAACGAAAGAGCGAACGCAUGGACAAAGACAUCAAGCGCCCCAAGAAGAAUGAGGACCCAUCAAGCACGGAGGCAGCGUUCAAAAGAGCAAGGAGGGACAGUGUGGCCAAUGCAGUGGAGAAAGAUUGGGAUCAAAGCCUUUCCUUCAAUUUGGAUGAAGAUCCCAGCCAUGAACUUUGGGCUGAGGCCCACGAGAAGGAGUUCGAAUUUCAAAAAAAGAAACAAAGAGAGCACAUGGUCUCAGCCUACCAAGAGGGCUUACUCCAGGAGUCUGAGGUGGAUCAGGAAGCGGUCGAAACAACGCUUGCCAAAGAAAAGGAGCGAGACAAAUUGCUGGUGCGUGAGGGCAAGGUGCAAAGAUCUUUUGCUGACAAGAUGCAUGGCCCCUUGGAGUGGGAGCAUCUGAGCGGCAAGACUGCUUGGGUAGCUUCAGACAUUCAAGAAGACAAGUUGGACGUAGCACUGCAACAGUUAAACAUCACAAAAACCCAGGAACGAACAAAUGCAGAUGCAUUGAUCGUCAAGGAUGCCGCCAACAUGCCUGAAAGGGCCAGGCUAUUUGCGGCUGGACUUGGUUUGAUUGUCAUGGACGCCUGCCUGUUCAAUGGCCAGCAAGGAUUCAAAGUGAAAUUCAAGAAAGCCUGCGGGACCCCUCGAACCUUGUUCUUCACAGCUGCGUUCAAGAACCAACACAAUGAGUUUGAGAAAAAUGUCAGGUCUUUGCUGAACAAGCCUGUGAAGUUCAGCCAGUGGAAGCUCGCGAAGAAUAGGCCUAUAGCUGCCAUGGUCCAGUACGCGUUGUUCAUACGCAAGCCGUGGUGCGAAAAGAUUUUCGAUGAGGGUAAAAGUUGGGAGCUGCGGUCCUACCCCCUGCCGGCCAACAAGAAAGGACAUUGCCCAUUCUCAAGCCUGCCUGCAGAUUCAAUCUGGAUUGAGGCGAACCCAGCUUCGUCUGGCGAGGGGACCACCUCCCGUUACGUGGACGACGAAGAGAAAGCUUUGGUUGCGCAGCUUGUCGGAGCAGGGAAGACCAAAAAAGAAGCGGAGGAGUCAGCAGCCCAGGCAAAGGAAGCACAGGUGAAGGCAAUGACAGAGGCAAAGAUGCAGAGAAGUCAAGCCAAAAAGGCUGGCAUACCCCAGGCAGCUGCUGCAGGCGGCAUGCAUGGCAAUGGGCAGCCUGCUUUGACCAAUCUCAACAUGCCCGCUGAUGCCCAAAAGAACCAGGGCUACUAUGAGUCACUGAUGGAGGCCGUCAACACCAUUUUGAAAUGCCCGAAGUUCUCCGACAUCCGGGUUGCCGAACCGCUCGCCAUCACUGAUGGAGUUGGCGCUUCGUCGGGCGUGCAGGCAGUGUUCAACCAGCAGGAAGCGAAGAUCGCACUGCAGAAGGAAGGCGCUUACAGAAGCGCCAUUAACCUGUUUUGGUUAGACCCUUUUGGCAGCCCAACGCCGACCGUGCCACUGUCCAAGAAGCGGGUCCAGGAAUUGGGUGCAUUUGCGUUUCCCGGCUACAAGCCAGCACAUUUGGCUGACAGCUUUUGUGUGGGUGUGGAUGCCCCUGACACCGACUUUCACGCUUUGAAGGGCAAUUGGCGCCCUGUGUCCCCGGAAGAAAUGCAUCACUGCAUACUCUUCACUCUUGCUGCUGCAAUCGAUUCUGGCAAGGUUGACGAUGCUGUUUUGGAUCAAUGGCGCACCAUGAUUUUGUCUUGUCCCGUGAUGAUCACUCUCAUGGAUGGCGGCCCGGACCAGCUUUUUUGGCAAGCUUUCAAAAAGCGCCAGCAAGUGGUUGCAAACUAUGAGGCCUGUCGCCGAACCGCAAGGCAACUCGCCUACGAAGUUGCAUCUCUCAAAGCACAGAAGGAAGCUGAGUCUGGCGAAAUCUUGUCAAUCAAAGAUUUGAGCGACAUGUUUGCCUUGCACCAGAGUGACAUGGCGGUCUCAAGCAAACGGACAGACAUGGCGGAUGGCUGCGUGAAGGAUUGCAUUUUUGUGUUUGAGAAGAUGCUAAGUGAUCCAGUGUGCAACGCUUGCUUGGACAUCUUGGAAGAGAAGUAUGGCCUGUCCUCCCCACUGAAUUCACUUCAGAAAAUGCGAGUGAUCAUUGAGAAGUCAGAAUCAACGCCAACCAGGCAAUGGAUCAUGGAAGUGAUCACCGACAUGGUGCUGAAUGGGCAGAUCGAUCGGGAAACCAUCAGCAAAUCCUACCUGCAGGGAAGUGGCACCAACGCAUCAUUGGUUGAACUGUUGAAGCUCAAGCUCCAAACAGUCAAGCAUUUCCUCCAGGUUGAGAUGCCACGCAGCCAGUUUCACGUACCUGACUUGAAGCUGAUCGAGCAAAAAAUUUUGACCGUUGCAGAUUACCGGGCCUACGUCACUCCCGGGAAGGCUGGUAACAGCGAGGCCGACAACAAAUGGAUGGGCACCCUCAAAUGUAGCAGCAUUGCUUGCUUGAAGCUGGUGGAGGACAUCCUCUACACAACAACUUUGAAUGGUCCUAUGAUCGCUUUGCUGCGGAAAGGCAAGGGCGCGAGCCCAUUGGAACUGUUGGAGAUUGAAACAUUCAGCCUCCGAUGGAAGGCCGCGGUUACCACGAAAGACAAUGAGAUCGCAGCUGAACGAGCUCUUGACAGCAAGCAAAAGGACCAGGAGAUGGAGGAGGAAACGGACGAGUGCAAGAAGAUAGCCCUUGGCUCAGUCCAAGCUGAACCUUCAAAGUACCAGAGGGGGAGCCCGCAGCACUACACUGCGACGGCUGCGCAACAAGUGCAGAUCUAUGUUUCGCUUGUCGCUGAGCCUCCAACUUUGGCAGGUGUUGCUCGGGUGGUUGAAGAGAGCCAGCUGUCUGGCAAGUUCCAAGGUGUUCAGGGCAAGAGUUGCAUCAUGAUCCACUUUGACGUCCAGCUUUUCGCAGAAGCCGCGAAAAGACCGGACAGAAGAUCGCCUGCUCUCACUUCAGCCCUUCUGAAGAAGUUGGUCCACGGGGCGAUCAAGGGAAGGGGCGGCUCUCCCAACCAAAAGGUGGGCCCGGACCACUAUGACAAACCGUUGGAUGGAGAUUUCAUUAUUUUGAAUGAUGGAGGUCGCAACAUGAUUGACGUCUUGAUGUCCCCAUUCAAGACGAAGGACGCCAAAGGUGCGGCUCUUGCUCACUAUCUGGAAGAGUCAGUUGAAGCUAAAAGAAAGCUCAAUCGUGGAAUGACCAACCAAAUUCAACGCUGGCAUGUUGUGUCCACAGAGUCCAUGGCGUCUUGGCUUCCGGAACGAAAGCACACCAAGUACCCCGGGACCAACCGUGGCAAUUGCAUCGGAUGGAUCGGCCUGGGAAGCCAGGCAGAUGAAUGGACAAUGACCUAUGGGCAGAAGACCUUUGGCAAUGGAAAUCAUAUGAUAACUUUCUGGAAAGACAUGUACGGGGCCAAGAUGAUGGGCGGUUCAGAUGCUGCAGUUGACGAUGGCAAGGAGGAGGAGAGAUCUGACGACAGCUUCGAACCAGCCUUUUACCAUCACCUCCCCGAAGUCCUGUACUCAGAUACUAUUGGGACAUAUGAGAUCCGCGGUUGCCUGGAUCUGACUCCGGGAUGUGGAGAUCUUGCAAGGGCAUGUUUGCUUGGCCGUGUGCCAUACUUGGGAUUGGCAAUGACGGACCAACAUUGCUCCUUGCUCAAGGCGCAGUUGGUGGAAUUUGUCAAGAUGCAGAUGAGGUCUGAAGGAUCGACUUACUACAGCCCUGAGUGGGCUGCUGCUUCAGACUCUGCCACAGCUGAGGAGAAAAAACGCAAGAGUGAACCCGAUCCCAAGAUUCAGCCCAAGCCACCCAAGAAGCCCAAGAACAAGAACAAGAACAAGAAAGACGACGGAGAGUUGCUCGAAGAUUCAGUCGACAAACCUGCGAAGAAGGUCGACAAACCUGCGAAGAAGGUCGACAAACCUGAGCGGAAGAGGAAGGUCACCAAACCUGAGCCUGCAUCAAGUUCAAAGCGUGGGCCUCCAGUCCAGAAGAAUUGUUUGAAGAGGCCUGCUUCCAACAGAGCAGCAGAGAAAUCGCCGAAGACUGCGCCGAAAUCAGAUAAGAAAGCCAAAAAAGAGCCCAGCGCAGAGGCGCAGAAGAAAUUCGCCCAGGAGUUCAUCAAGUCAUUGAAAGAACGGGCGGAGAAGGUACCAAAUGCUGGACGGAGAGCCGGCUCAGGCCAGGUUAUCAAGCUUGGCUCAGACUGCACAGGUCUCAGUUCGGACUUCGUUGCCCUCAAGUUCGCGCUUGGAGCAUCGGACAUUUGCCAGACAAGAAGGAAAAUGGCCAUGCAAGUUCAUGCACACUUCGGCGAUACUCCAGAAGCUUGGUUGCAACUUGAAGUGGUCUAUCACGACGUCACUCUCAGAGACAAUACUGUCGCGCCAAGAUGCGACAUUUACAUGUCUGGGGCGCCUUGCCCUGCGUUUUCCACAGCAGGAAAAGGUGGUGGUCUAUCUGACCCUCGUGGAAGCGUGCUGCUCCACAGUGUCGACUACGUGUUGACCAGAUGCCACGCGUGGCAUUUUUCGAGAAUGUGA